AUGGCCAAUAAUGCAAAUUUUCGCACUCUGGCCGUGGGGGCCCAUGUUUCGCUGGCCGGUUUCCUCUAUGGACUUGACACAGGUUCUAUAGGCCCAAUCACCGAGAUGGAUCAAUUCAGAAACUCAAUAGCAAACCUGUCCUCCGGUCAGCAGGGUAUCUUUGUUGCAUCUAUCCUACUUGCCUCAUCGGUCUCAUCGUUGCUGAGUGGUCAUGUCGCAGACAUUGUCUCUCGUCGAUAUGGCAUACUCAUUGGCGGAUUGUUGAGUUUGACUGGCACACUUCUCUCAUCCGUAUCUCAAAACUUCGCCUCUCUAAUCGUUGCUCGUCUGAUCACUGGAUUCGGAUUAGGUCAGGCUAUUGCAGUCACUACUGUAUACUUGAUUGAGAUAGCGCCCAAGAGCAUACGAGGGGUGACGGCAUGUAUGCUGCAGACCAAUGUUGUGGUCGGUAUCACCGUAGGCUACUUUGUCUCUUUCGGCUCGCAGGAGUUGCAGAGCACUCUCGCGUGGCGAACGCCUUUCAUACUUCAAGCAUGUUUCGCACUCGUCCUGACUAUCGGCAUGUUCUUUCUUCCGUAUUCCCCGAGAUGGCUUGUCCAGAAGGGCCGCAUUGAAGAAGCAAGGGUCGUUUUGGCACGGUAUCGAAGUCAUGAAGUCGUAGAAGCAGAGCUAGAAGAGGUACAGGCUGGCCUAUCGUCACAUAGUCUUGAGAAGACAGCUGGCUGGUUAGAGAUGUUCGAAAAGAGAUAUCGUGGUCGUACCAUGUUAGGUAUUUUCUUAAUGGGUUGCCAACAGCUUACAGGUAUCGACGUCGUGCUGUACUACGCUCCCAUCCUGUUCCAACAGGCUGGUUUCGAUUCUGAGAGAGCUUCUUUCCUCGCUUCGGGAGUAAGUGGCAUUGUCAUGCUAGUUGCUACAGUCCCAGCUCAGAUAUGGAUUGAUCGGUGGGGUCGGCGUAAGCCCUUGAUCAUCGGCGGGUCUUUGAUGGCCGCUUGCUUCAUUGUUAUUGGAGUGAUUUACGCUAGAUAUGGCACACGUGUUGAGAAAGGAGUUCGCUUGGAGUCGAGGGUCGGUCAAUGGGUAGUCACAGUGUUGACCUACGUAUUUGUAGCAAACUUCUCCUGGUCAUGGGCAGUGGUCGGCAAGAUCUAUGCGUGUGAGAUUAUUCCCACGCGACUCAGGGCCAAAGUGUCGGCGGUUGAAUUACUGACGAAUUGGUUGGUGAACUUCGCGGUAGCAUUGACAGCACCGCUUUUCUUACGCAGCUCACCCAGCGGACCCUACUUUCUCUACGGUGGUGCUACAUUAGUUGCCGCAGCCGUGUGUAUCGGCAUGCCGGAAACCAAAGGUCGGAGUCUCGAGGAAAUCGAGUUUGAACGACUGGAUUCUCUUGAGAAAGAGCUUAAGCAUAUGCGCAAUGAACUUCGAUUGAAGCACGCGACUCCAACAGGCUCGUCGCCUUCUAUUCCUCCAAAUGCAAGCACCGAAUUUUCUACAGCGCCUCAGCCAGCUCAGCUUGACGUAUCGUCUACGACAAUCAAACACUCUAGCCAGAUUGUCAGCGAGACAAUAGACGAGGUUGAACUGCCGUCAAACGUGAUCCUCAAGCUCAUACACGAGUAG